AUGCCGUCCGCUGAGCCCAUCCCCGAUACUCAAAUCCCAAGUUCACCACCAGACCUCUCCAACAAGCUCCCCAAACUCAUUCCUCGACGCAAGCAAGAUAAAUCGUCCGAACCUCCGUUAAAUCCUCCACCACCAACUCCUGCUCUCCCUGCUCCGCCCAACCAGAAAGACGUCAAUUUUCAACAUCCUACACGCCGCAUUCUCUCCAAGGAAGAUCAUGACCUGUUCCUGAAUUCACCCACAUAUGACUUGAUCACGGCCUUUGUCUUUGGUCUUUCCGACUCUGUUCGCCAAACAACUGUCACUUCUGUCCAAAAGGCCGAAAGAAUACCCAUCGUCGAUACAAUCAUAAAUUUACUACAAGAGGCAGAGCAAACAGUAGCAGACUGUCCUGCCGAAGACGCUGGUGGCUCGCGCUUCGGAAACAAGGCUUUCAUAACAUACCUCGACAAGAUCGAGACGCUACUCAAGUCAUGGCACGACAAGCUUGGCGUGACAGAUGCCGCUCAGGAUGAGGUAUCCACAUACAUCUUCCACUCUUUCGGCAAUAAGACAAGAAUCGACUACGGCUCUGGUCACGAGCUCAACUUCCUCAUCUGGUUGCUGUGCUUGAACCGCCUAAACCUCCUCCCUCAAUCUUCCUUCCCACAGGUCGCCCUCAUAGUAUUCCCUCGCUAUCUUCGCGUCAUGCGCGUCGUCCAGUCUACAUAUUACCUUGAACCUGCCGGCUCACAUGGCGUCUGGGGUCUCGACGACUACCAAUUCGCUCCCUUCCUCUUCGGCAGCGCUCAGCUCGUCCACCAUCCUCAUAUCCGUCCCAUGUCAAUCCACAAGCCCCUCAUCCUCGAAGAAUGCUCCAAAGAUUAUCUCUAUCUCGAGCAGGUCACCUACGUUAACAGCGUCAAGAACGUCGACGGCCUUCGCUGGCAUUCACCCAUGCUCGACGACAUCAGCAGCGCAAAGAACUGGGAAAAGGUCGAAGCAGGCAUGAAAAAGAUGUUUGUCGCAGAAGUCUUGGGCAAGCUUCCUGUCAUGCAACACUUUUUGUUUGGUGGCCUUGUACCUGCCGUUGACGGUAUGAGCACAGAAGAUGAAACCCAUGUCGCUGGCGAGAUGGAAGAGACGGAAGGCGGACAAGGCCAAGUCGCUCCUGGAGGCGGUAUGAAACAUGUCCAUGACCACAGCGGCAAGACUUGGGAUGACUGCUGUGGUAUCAAAGUUCCUUCUGCCAUCGGAGCUAUGCAAGAGAUGAAGAAGCGUCAAGGUGGUGAAUCUUUGAGAAGACUGCCAUUCGAUUAG